GGGUGUCACAGCUGUGUGCACUGCUGCAGAGGCACAGCCGACCGAGGGGCAGGGUUUUCCACGCCAGACGUAUCACACCGCACCGCCUCGCGGUUAAAACACAUUCUCGGUCGAGUCCUGCAGGGCUGUGACGCGGUCGGUUUUCGGAAGGAAUUGCGGUGUCCUUCCGCGCGUGGAGAGACUUCGAUGGUGCCGCGCGGUAUCGAGGAAACCUGUGAGUGACGGGGAGCAGACUGCGGACCGCUUCGCCUCCGCGCUCGACACCAUGGCUGCCUCUCUACCCGUGCUCUUCUUCUUCCUUCACGUCUUCACUCUCUCGGCAUGGGAAUCGGCCUCCGAGCAAGUCCUCCCACAGACACACCCCCAGGUCACUGGUUGCGUCUCCGCCAACAUGGAGACUUUCCGCUGCAGAUGGAAUGUCGGCACUUCCCGUAAACUCUCCGAGCCGGGAGCUCUGCGCUUAUUCUACAUCAACAAAAAACCUCCCCCUGCUUCUCCUAAAGAGUGGAGUGAGUGUCCUCACUACAGCACCGACAGGCCCAACGAGUGCUUUUUCAAUGAGAACCACACAUCCAUCUGGACGUAUUACAGUGUGCAGCUGCGCUCCAGGGAUCAAGCCAUCCUCUAUGAUGAGAACCUUUUCAACGUUCAUGACAUCGUGCAACCGGAUCCUCCAGUCGACUUGAACUGGGAGCUGUUGAAUAUGAGCCUCACCGGCACUUUCUAUGACAUCAAGGUGAGCUGGAAACCGCCUCAGUCUGCAGACGUGGAGAUGGGAUGGAUGACGCUGCAUUACGAGGUCCAGCACCGCAACGUCAACUCUGAGCUGUGGGAACAGAGCGACCUUGUGAAAAGCACACGUCGGUCUAUUUUCGGGCUCCAGACUGACGUCAACCACGAGGUUCGGGUCCGGUGCAAAAUGUUCGGUGGGAAGGAGUUUGGCGAGUUCAGUGACUCUGUGUUUGUGCACGUUCCCUUUAAAGUGUCGAGAUUCCCAGUGGUGGCCUUGCUCAUCUUUGGUGCCUUGUGUUUGGUGACCAUCCUGAUGCUGGUGAUCAUAUCGCAGCAGGAGAAGUUUAUGGUUAUUCUGUUGCCUCCUGUUCCUGGACCUAAAAUAAGAGGGAUUGACCCUGAACUACUCAAGAACGGGAAGCUGAGGGAGUUGACGUCAAUCCUGGGUGGCCCCCUUGACCUGAGGCCGGAGCUGUACAACGACCCCUGGGUGGAGUUCAUCGAUCUGGACAUUGAAGAGCAGAGUGACCGACUGACAGACCUGGACACGGACUGCCUCAUGGAGCGCUCCCUGUCCUCCAACUGCUCUCCUCUCUCCAUCGGCUUCAGAGACGACGACUCGGGCCGCGCCAGCUGCUGCGACCCAGAUCUACCUAGCGACCCGGAAGCGUGCCCUUUCGCUUCUCUCCUUCCGAAUCAAACCCACAGUAAGGAGGCGUCGUGCCCGACCGCCUGUGAGCCUUGUUUUGCAGCACCGGGCAGAGAGGCGCUGUACACCCAGGUGAGCGAAGUGAAGUCCUCUGGCAAGGUGUUGCUGGCACGUGAGGAAGAGACUGAGAUGGGGAAAGACAUCACGGUUGGGAAAGAGAAAGAGAAGAAGGGCCUUCAGCUCCUGGUGGCGUAUCCAGAUCACAGAGGUUACACCUCAGAGCUCAACGCGGGGAAAAUGAGCCCCAUAUUGUCCCCAGGAGACGUGAGUGAAACAUGUUCUUCACCGUCCUUGUCGUGUUACCAGAAAUCCGAUACCACCCCCAUGUCCCCUCUUUCCCCCGCUCCUGUCUACACCGUUGUCGAGGUUGUUGGCAGGCAGAACAGCCUCCGACUGACACCCAACUCGAUACCUUCCCCCCAACUGACAAUCACAAAAAUCAUGCCAACACCAGACGGCUACCUGGCCCCUGAACUCAUUGGAAGCGUCACCCCAUAGACCAGCGGUGAACUGUGCAGUCCAGACAUAUUACAUUUCAAAGGCACAGAGAAGCUCGGGAACUGGCUUUGAGAUUGAGUGUUGAAUGUCAGUUCUCCUAAAAUAGUUGUGGCUGUCAUGUCACCACCUCUGACCUGCUGCUGCUCCUGCUCCCACUGACAGGGCUCUGAGAGGCUUAGUUAGCACAUGUGGAAAGGGGAAGGUGAAACACUGCCCUUUUGGAUUUAUGUUUUUGUCGAGUUGAUGAAUGCAAGUUCAACACUCGCUCUCCUUUAACUCCUCUGGUUUGGUCUCCAUCAAGCCCUCAGAAGAACAACGGGCUCUGGCAGCUAAAUGCCGCCAUGUUUUCACCAGCUCGUUGCUCGUUUUUGGUGCUUCUGCAUUCUGAGCACGAGACUGAACAAUCUUUCUACAGCAGCAGAGUUGCUGUGGUUUUGUCCCACCUUUUGACAUUAUAGGUAGUCAUUUAACUCAUACUGGGUAUAUUUUUUAAGUAAUUGUACAGUGACAUGGUUAUUUCCUAUCAUUUUGAACAUAUCGAAGGCUUUCUUUCGAAUAACAUCAGGUCAUGACUAAUUGAUAUACUCUGUGAAAGAUAAUGUGCCCUCUUUUUAUGAAUCCAACAUUUGUUAUGGUUUUCACAAUGUUUUAAUUUCUUAAGAUCAAUAUUGCCAAAAUGAAAGUGUUACUUAACUGAUUAGAAACCAUGCUUUUAUUUUUUUACUUAUAUACUUACUUAUUGGGGUUCAUAUACUUGUUGUUGCUGUGAAAUAAAGCAUGACCUGUACUUGUUUAAAAGGUCAAGCAUAACAAAAUUAGAUUCAUAAUACUUUGAUGCUAUUACAAACCAUGAUUUUCAUUUGUUUUUAGAGUUGACAACCAAAAUAUUUUGGAUUGCUAUUUUCUGGUUGACAGGAAUUAUUACAAAGUCGGGGGUACAUCAGUGUUGAAUUUGUACAGCUAUUGCAUUUUAACUGUUCAAGUAUUACAAAUAAACAUUCAUACUUUU